AUGGCCCAAUCCAACUCAUCAGUACACAGCCCCCAAAAGACCAAGCAGAAAUUGACUGAGGAAGAGCUGCUUGUCUUACAAUCUCACCUAGAAGAAUGGAAGGAAGCAACCAGUAAGGAUAGGAAAACGAUUUUGAGGGCGGUCAUAAAAGAGGCCAAGAUGCAAGCCCCUAAGAUGGAUGCCCAGCUGUUGAAGAAAAGGAAAUCUAUGUACCGGGACUGGUUAUAUAACUGGAGAGCGGAAAAGACACCCAAAAAACGAAGCAAGUUCAGUAAGAAAUGGACUACCUGGUUGGUGAUAGAACACCAGUACAAGAAGGAGAUCCUUGAAAAGACCGGAGCAAGGCCAGGAGGGAAGGAAAUGAUUAAACACUACCAGGGUGCGGUCAAUGCAAUUAUGGCCAGUUUAUCUGAAGAGCAGCUGGAUGAAGCAAAUACGACUGCUAUAGAAUGGUCUAGCAGUGCUCCUCCUACAGAUAUCCAGGCUGAGUUCGCUCAGAAGAAAGCUCCUGGUAUGAUGAAGAAUCUUGCGACUCAGUUAUGGAGGCAGGCUGGUAUGAGGAUAUUCAUAUUGUCUGCAUGGAAAACUGAGGAAGGCGAGGUGAGGAUCAAUGGAAUUGACUUCAAUGAAAAGUUAGAGGGCAAUAGUUUCACAGAUACAAAGGACUGGAAGUCCAUGUUACCAGAGUGGAAUGCCUAUGUCGGAGAAGAGUUUGCAAUUGACCGGAAUAAUGAUGAUGAUGGCAAUGAGGAUGCUGAUGGAAAGGAGAGCAGAAAUCCAAGGAGAAAGAAGGAGGAGUUUACUUUAGAGGUCGAUGCCUAUGGGCUUCCGGUCAUACUGGAUAUUGAGCCCCUCAACUUAGAAAACAAAAAGUCUCUUAUCUGGACAUUCCUCACAAAACACUACAGGUUUUGCAGUCAAAAGCCAAAGGCGUCUGUUCCUUGGUCUGCAGUGACGGAGGCUCAAGAGAAUUUUAUUGAGCCCAAGUUUUUACCUACCGGUGGAAAGAUCAAGGACCCGUCCAAGCUUCAGCUGCAUGACGCUGACUGGCUCUUGCAGUUCUGGCAUUAG